CCAUACCCUGCUAUAAAAUGCAGGAACCUCAGGGUUGCUUCAAGAGGUGGUGAUGCGGAGUUGUGUCGGCCACGACUUCAGGCACCGAGGAAGCCCGACCUCCCUAUCGAUAAGCACUCAAGCAAACACAACCACCAAACGCGGGCUCUCUACACGUGACAUCACAAUUCCUUCUCCUUCAGCAACAAGCAAUCUCCAAGCCCGUACCUACCCAGCACCGACUCCGCUCCACUCUCUCCCACCCUUUCCACUCGCUCUUCAACCCCCGCCCCCUAAGCAUGGCCGACAACAGCCGUCUGAAGUCGACCGUCUACGUCGGCGGCCUCGACGCAGCCGUGUCUAGCCAAACACUGCACGCCGCGUUCGUGCCGUUUGGCGAAAUCGUCGACAUCAGCUUGCCCAAGCCCGAGGCGCCGUCGGCAACGGAUCCGCACCGCGGCUUCGGCUACGUCGAGUUCGAGCAUGCGGCCGACGCCCGCGAGGCCAUCGACAAUAUGGACCAGAGCGAGCUGUUCGGUCGCGUCAUCAAGGUCGCGCAGGCCAAGCCGCAGAAGGAGCAGAACGAGGGUUUGGGGAGCAAAACGGCUGUUUGGGAGCAGGAGGGUUGGUUGGCCAAGCAUGCGGUCAGCGAGGAAGAUCGUUUUGCUGCGGAGCAGGCAAAGACGGCCGCUGAUCAUGCGCCGCUGGACCCGAUGCAAGGUUUAGAGGGAUUGGAUGUCGCUGGGCCCAAGCCCGAAUGAGGAAGCAGGCACGAUCGAUUGAGUUUAUGCAAGCACGGCAUAGGGCAUGGAGUCAGGGCGCAAGUCGGAGGAAAAGGCACUCUAUCAUCAAUUUUGAUACUGUUCAUUUGUACAGACAAAGAUAUCCACCGGGCGGUUUUUCUCGCGCUUG